UUGACGAUCAUGAAAAAGGGCGUAAAAAAUCCCGAUCAAAAUUUGUAUGAAAGGGAAUUCCGCAACGUCUUCAGAUUAUGGAGAUUUGUGGGGAUGCAUCCAUUAAAAGGGUAUGUUAAGCCCUUAAUCGUUUUUAACGCUAUAUUAACGUUUUACGUUACGGUCCUUAUAGCGCUUAAACUACUUUUAGGAAGAGAACUUGUUACCGUGGAAUCAGUAGGAGUUUUUACUCAGGUUUGGGUCAAGUUUUGUACCCUGACGCUUAAAAAAGACAAAAUUCUACAACUUUUUAAAGACAUGGAAGGAUUCUGGACAAUCGAUCCAGAAGGAAGCGAAAAUCAAAAACUCCUCAAAGGACUUCGGAAAAUGGAAAAGUCAUUCUUAAUCUACAUUUCCUGCAGUGUUUGCAUGUUUAUCUUUAAACCGCUGCUUGUCAAAGGCACAACUAUAUACUACUAUUAUCAAAUUGAGCAGAUUCCUUUCAUUGUUUCGUAUUUAAUAGAAUUUUACGUCACUUUAGUAACAAUGUGCAUGGUUAUUGGCGUAAACUUGUUUAUAAGUAUUACCAUAGUGAUAGGUGCAGGGCAGUUUAGUAACUUAAAUACCAGAAUACGUCAAUUGGAUUUGAACAAAACUCAGAAUAAUGAGAGAGGUCUCGAAAUGUGUAUAAAGGAGGUUAGAGAGAUGAUAGAUUAUCACAACCAUCUUAUUACGUAUGUGCGACACCUUGACGAAAUAUUUUCUUCACUCUUCGCAAUGUUAAUUUCCAUUAUCACAUCUUUGUUGUGCAUGAAUAUGUAUGUGCUGUCACAGCCCCAUAACACAGUUGUCGAUUUAAUCAGAUGCGGAACUAUGGUAAUGGCUUUCACUUCAGAAUUUUUAUUGUUAUACGGAGUACCGGCUCAAAAAUUAAUUGAUGAGGCACAAGAGAUCGCCAAUUCUGCUUUUUAUCAUUGUGAUUGGUAUUUGCCAAAUAUCAUAUCGAUUAGAAAGGCACUGAGUUUUAUGAUAUUUAGGAGCCAGAAGAUGGUGUGUCUGUCUGCACUGAGAUUUUUAGACAUAAACAGACAAACAAUUGUAGCGAUGAUCAAAACGGCUUAUUCCUUCUUUACAUUCCUACAAACUGUUGAGACAACUCCAGCGCUUGAGAGUUAAAUUGAAAUUACGUACUUUUGAAUUGGAUCACACAAAACCAGCUACACUAUCUAAAGUUAACAAUGAAAUUUUUAAUUGCACUCUUUAUUGAAACUCACCUUUAUUGAAAUUAGAUGAAAUUUUUAAAUCGAGUUUUUAGUUAAUAAACCUUUUAAUGGCUAAUAUAACUGAUAU